UGACGAUGUGACAAUGACAAUGACAUUUUUGGAACUUUGCUCUUACUGUGCAUCAAUUUUUUGAGAAAUCUAACUAGUCAAGAGUUUUAAAAUUUAUUUCUAAAUAAAAACAAAAUGAUGUAAUUGCUUACAUUAAUGCCAAAUCUGUUAAAUGAAUUUAGAUGAAUACACAAAAUCAUAAUAUAUUCUACAAGUGAGGCUUUAAUUUAGCAAAUAUUCUACUGUAAGUUAAUAAAAAUGGCUAGUAAAAGGAGGCCAAUACGGCCCCAAAAUGUAAAUAACACAUCGUCCUCAUCAUCAUCGAAUAUGAACUUCAGAGCUGGGUUUACGGAAACAUCUAGAGCCGAAGCUAAAGGAACGAGACCUACAGCAAAACCCUCUUCAAUAAAGGAAGUUUUAGUAAUGAUGAUUCUUCACAUCUGCAAAAAGACAAUAUUUUUUGAUACUGACAUUAAAGUAGCUAUUUAUUUAGGUAGCUUAUUUAUAAUAUCUCUUUUAGGUGACUUUAUUCCUUUCCCGAAAACAUAUUUUUCACGAUCUGAUAAUUUAUUCAAUGUUUAUUUUGUGAAAAUUGGUUGGGCUUGGACUUUAUUUUUUACGGUGCCGUACUUAUUUAUGACAUCUUAUACAAUAUGUUGCGGAAAUACGCAAAAAUUUUUAAAGCAACAUUUACCAAGAAUAUUAAUUGCAACCUCUUUUUGGUUUGUAUGGACGAAGUUCUUUAAUAUUAUUGAGUCGACAUACGGCAGAUGUACAGCUCGUAAUUAUGAUUCAAAACCUAGUUGUCUAAAAGCGGGAUUUUUAUGGCACGGAUUUGAUAUAUCAGGACAUGCUUUCAUUUUAAUUUAUUCAAGUUUAAUUUUAAUAGAAGAAGCAAGACCUAUAAUAAAUUGGGAGUCAAUUAAAGAACAUAUCAGAAAUGAAUUAUAUAAUAGAAGCAUGCAAGAAACAACAAGUACUAAUCCCUUGCGAAAUCUAAGUAACGAGGAAAUGAGAGAGCUAAAAUUUUUAUAUGAAAGAUUUACUCCAGCUAUUAGGACUUUGUUUAUUGGUAUGACAUGCUUACAGCUUUUAUGGGAUGUGAUGUUAGUAUCCACUAUGCUGUAUUACCAUAACAUGAUCGAAAAGGUAUUGAGUGGUAUCUUUGCUAUAUUAACAUGGUUUUUUACAUAUCGAGCUUGGUAUCCAUCAAAAUCAUUUUUACCUGAUUCUGCUGGGAAAGGGAAUUUUAAUUACCAGAAUGUUAUUUCAAAACAAAGUACAAGUGGAUUGUCUGGAGCUAGAAGAAGGCAAAGUUUAUCACCUAUAAGGCGGAAUGUUGGACAACAAACUGCUCAAAAUGUUCAAAUACCCAAAUUUAUGGGUAUGCCUCUAUACACGAACACAAGAGCUGCAGCGGCAGCACAAGCUGGUGUCAACAGUGACGCAAACAAUAUUAACCAGCAAAAUGAAUUAACAUGAUAUCAUCAUAAUGGUAUCAAAAACGAGAUUGUAAAUUAAAUUAAAACGAAAAAUUUAUUGAUAUUAUUUUAAAAAUGAGAAAACUACAUACAUAGGUAGAUAGUAAAUAUUUUUGUCUCUAUUUUCUAAAAUAUUUAUAAUAACAAUAUGCUUUUAAAUUAAUUUACUUUAAAAUUUAUUUAUACAGAAAAUCCUUAUAGGAAAGUUGGUUAUUGGUAAAUUUUUGUUUUGUUGUUUGUUUGUACAGUAAAUUAAUAAAUUUUUUAAAUA